ACAGGGUGGGAGGUUUUUCUUUUAUAGGUCCAUGCCAGCCUUAUAUACGAUUAGCAACCAGUAAUUGGGGGCCAGUGGCUUGCUUCCCUGAACCAUUUCUCCAUCAAGCCAGUCCACUGCCACGACCUUUCUUAUAGAGUGGGGAAUAAAAAGAAGCAGCCAAGAUGUCGGAAAAAAAGAUGACAUCAAGCCGCAGGCAUGCCCUCAAGAGCUUGAUGCUUUCAAUAGCUAAGGGCUUGAUUGAGAAGGAAAUCAAGCAGUCUGCAGCUGACAAAAUUGCCCACAUGGCACAGAAUUGCUCUGAGCCCUCCUACCCACACUCAGUGCAGGAGCUGCAGGAGCUGUGCAAAAAACUACACCAUGAUAUUGACAAGGUCGAUGAGGAGAGAUACGACUUGGAGUCCAAAAUAGCAAAAGGAGAUAAAGAGAUUGAGGACCUAAAAAUUAAGGUGAUUGAUCUGAAAGGCAAGUUCAAGAAACCCACCCUUAGAAAGGUGCGCAUGUCUGCUGAUCAGAUGCUUCAGGCCCUGCUCGGCUCUAAACACAAGGUGUCUCUGGACCUGAGAGCCAACUUGAAACAAGUGAAGAAGGAGGUCAAAGAGGAGGCUACAGAGGUCGGUGACUGGCGUAAAAACAUUGAGGACAAGGCUGGCAUGGACGGCAGAAAGAAGAUGUUUGAGGGCGAGGCCUAAAUAUUUGGACAUUUCUUUGUUUAUUUGCUCUGAACGCACUCUCCAGGAUGUUGUAGAGUCUCACCAUUUUGCAAUAGUUGAAUUGCUUUUUCUGGUGCCAUUGCCUGUUACUUACAUUUGUUUCAUGCAGUAUAUUUGUUCUGAAGGGAAAAUGUAUUUCAUUGCAGAGCCACUACCAUUAAAUGAAUGGAUAUGGAACACCCA